CUCUGUUUCUCAAUUAUAGUCAACUAACCUCAUAUACACAUUAAUAUUCACAUCCCUACCGUUUCUCUUAUUAAAUAUUUUAAGAAUGGAGCACGGAGAGACUCAGGGCGCGUCGCUGGGUAUCAACUUUGCACGUGCACAGCGCCAGCUUCAAGCCAUCAACAACACCCCACUUGCCUCUAGCAGCGUCGAGUAUCAGCAGCAGGUCAAGGACCUAGUAACACUUUUGUACACAUGCUCCAGCCAAGUAGGCCGCCUAUCACUGUUUAGCAGUAACGAGACAGUUGAAGACUACUCGACCAGUGAGCUGAAGCUUAUCCUGAUCAACGCGUAUCUCGGCGAGGCCCUGCAGAAGCUCAGCGCACCUGAAGGCCGCACUGCAGUGUUGGAGGAGGCCCUGGACCAGUACAAGGCAUUUUUGACGACUUCCCAGGCGCUCGGCAUUGUCAGCAAAUCGGCAGACAUGGAUCGCAUACUCGAGUCCAAUGGCAGUGAUGCCGGCCCUAAGCCCAAGCCUAUCGAUCCAGGGGUAAGCAGGAUGCAGAAGAUCGAGCGGUUCAAGCGCAUGCGCGCAAUGCAACAGGCCAUCGCCGAGCUGGAGGCCAUGAUUUCGGGGAGGGAUUCCAAGGAGGCUGGUGGCGUGGAGGAUGAGGACAUUGAUGAGGCUGAGCGGGACCAUGCUGUCAAGCUAAUCGAGCUCAAGGUAUUCCAGGUCAUCGAUGACAUUGACAUUUUGCAUAGCGAGUUUGACAUGGCCAAGCAGAUGGAGGAGAUGAAGUCUCGUAGAAUCGGUGGCGGCAACACGGAGGGCUCUGGAAAUCUGUCUGCAGGCAAGGAGGUUGAGUGGAGGUUGGACUCGCAGUCGUACGGCCAGAUCGACCCGAAAACUGGCAAGUCGACUCAGCCUAUAUUCAACAGCAAGGGGCAACCGACACGGCCGUUUGUGCUGACCAACGACCGCCAAAGAAUAAAGGACUCAGUAUUCCGCCCGGACUGGGCUUUGCCGACCAUGACCAUUGAUGAAUACCUGAGUCAGGAGCAGGAGAAUGGGAAUAUAAUCAGUGGCGGUGGCAAGGAGCCAGAUGAAAAGCCGGACAUUGACGACAACAACCAUGAGGCACUCGAUGCAGAUACGCUGAAGAAGCGUGAGUGGGACGAUUAUAAGGACGAGAACCCCAAGGGAAUGGGGAACCGUGGCGGAAAUCGCGGUUGAAUACAGCCGACAUUUCGGCUCUUAUUGGAGCGGCGCGUAUGCCAUGCGUUUUUUAUUCGAUAGACGUCAUUUUACAAUUGUAGGCCUUAUUUUAUUUAGCAAAAAAACGGGGAUAAUAAAUAGAUGUG